CGCGCCGCCGCCCCGCGCGGACGUGUCCUGUGUUCACGCGCCUCCCUACGCACCGCGUUCCUUUACCGAUGUUGUCCCCAGCGAGAUGAGCGCGUGUAGCGGCGCGCCCCUCCCCCGCAGCUGUCUCGCUCACUCCCCCGCCGCCCCCCUCCGCCGCGAUGCCGCGCGCUUAUUGGCAGCUGCCGCCCGCGCCGCGCGCUGAUUGGCUGGCGCCGUCGCCGCGCGGUAUGCGCCGGCGAUCUCUCACACUGCUCCUCUACUUCACGUUUCUUAUCGGCUUCACCCCCUCCCUGGGAUCAGAGUGGUCGUCCCCUCGCUCCCCCCCACCGGCCCCCGCGGACGCGGCGGAGCUAGUCCGCGACGGCCCGCUCUACCCUCCCCUCCCGUCCGACCUCGAUCUCGACCCUUACCCCGACCUCGACCCCGACAACGACCUCGAGACUAGCAUCGAAACAAGCAAUAUCCUGGUGACUCCAAGAGACAGAACUGAGACUGAACAUGAAACGAACGUACAAACUGAAGCUGAGGAUAGGAUGAAGAGGAGUAGUGGGCAGGAGUGGGAGAAGAAUUCUAAGCAACCCGCGACCCGCCGUGUGAAGACAGGCGACACAAUCCUGAACAUCCGCGGCGCCGUCCGCGACGCAAUCGGUGACGCAGGCGCCGCGCCCGGCCCGCGCGCCUCCUCCAGACUGGAUACAUUCGUGAUACGACCCGCCGCUGCACAUAGACUGCCUGCGCAUGACCAGCCAAGAGCUAUGCCUACUACCAGCCAGGUGCCCAAGAACGAGCGUGAAUUGCUCGUGGAGGCCCACUCUCGCGCGCGGAUCCCGUGCGACCUAAACAAUGUCACCAACCUGCGCUGGUACAAGGAUAAUGAGCAAAUCAACGCACCGUCUUCGUCAAGCGGCGGCGAGGCGAUGUGGCGUGAAGCUGACGCAAUUGUGAUUGCAAGAGCGACGCGCGCUGACGCCGCCGUGUGGCGGUGCGCCGGUGUUGACCGUGCCGGCAAAACGGAGUCUGGGAAACCCACGAGGCUGCUCAUAUAUGAGGCGGUGCGGUCUGUGUACCUAGCGGUGGACGGGCGGCGGCUGGACGCGGGCAACACGUGGGUGCCCGUGCGGGACAAGACAGUCCUCGAGGUGCGCUGCGUCGCUGAAGGUGGAGUGCCACCACCGGAGCUGACGUGGCGGCUGUUGGCUCUGGAGCCGGCGCUGGACCAUCGACCUUAUCUGAGGAUACACCACACAAACUACUCUAUAGAAGGUGUGGCCUCAUCCCACGUGGUAGUAACAGCAGCGCGCGAGCUGCACAACGCGACACUACAGUGUGAGGCGCGUCAAAGGCGCCCCCCUCCCCCCGCCGCCACCGCGCCGCCCGCUGACGUCAUGACGGCCAAGCUUGAGAUACAUGUCACUUAUCCGCCGUCGUUUGUGAUCUCUCGCUGGCCGGGUUUUGGCAUCUCGCUGUCGGCGGGCGGCGCGGCGGCGCUACGCUGCGACGUCGACGCCAACCCGCCGGCGCGAGCCUGGUGGCUGAGAGACGACGCUCAUACUAGCAGCUCUCCGCCACCCCUCGAAGCAGGGGACGAGUCCCGCGGCUCGGCCACGCUGCGCUGGUCCGCACUGCGCACCACACACGCCGGCUGGUACCGCUGUCGCGCGACCUGGCUCGACACAGAGUACUCUUCUAUAGGGUACUACCUCAACGUGCUGUCGGCGGAGGAGGGCGUGGAGCCGGUAACAGAGGCGAGCUCGGAGGCAGAGGAGCCGCCCGACCAUCAAAAAGUGGAUGUACCACUUGGAGGAAAUGUGCAGCUGCAUUGUCCUAAAGGUAGCGUGGGGUGCUGGUGGCGGCGAGUCGUCGGCAACAGCAGCGAGAGCUGGGCGCCGGCUGGCAGCCACCACGCGCACGGCGUGCUCGGCAUCAAGGACGCGUUGUACCAGGAGGGCGGCGAGUACCGCUGCGUCGGCGCACGCGCACCUGAGCUCGCACGACUUAGGGAGCUCAAGCGGGUCACAUUGCGGGUCACCGGAGCAGCAACAGCAACAGCCCUCAGCGCAGAGCCGUCAGGGUCAGGCUGGCGUCUGGAGUGCGGCGCCUGCGGCCGCGGCGUGCGCGCAGCCUGGCUGCAACCAGCGCCGGCGCCGGCUACUAUCACACCAGCUGUGCUGAGACCAGACCUCGCGCAGCACUGUUGGAGGGCUGUACUCCAUGUUACAGAACCACACGAGGUAUGGUGCAUAGCAGUGACGUCAUCUGGCGGCGCGGUGGCGGUGUUCCCCCCGCGCAGCCCCCCCUCCCCCGCGCCCGCCCCCCGCCACUCCGUGCGCGCGCUGCUCAAUAACGCCGGGACUACUAAUCCCGCUAUACUACUCCUUAUCUCCAACAUACUCGUCUCCUGGACUCACGUAGGAACUGUCUGA